CACGGCCGCCUCAACUAAAGAGUGAAGCCUCAUGGCUGUUUCCCUAUAUUCAAACUCGAAACCCUUCUGAUCUCGCUUCGAUGGAGAUCCAAUCGAAUGGCGAAGAGGGAUCCAGCAUAGGGUUUAGGGGUUGGAUUGCCUGUCGCCGAAGGUUCAAACCUGACGAUUCCUUCUUCGCUGCUGGAAAUAUCGAACGCGAACUCCUAGCCAAGCAAGUAGCACUAGAUCUAACUGAAGAUGAAAGAUAUCAGCUUCAGAAAAUGGAAAUUGCUGAAGCCCAACUUGUAUUUUGCCCUAUUGCUGGUUGUGCUGCUCGAUUGAAUUUUCUAGAGGACUUCGAAGAUCACUACCAUACUCGUCAUACUGCUUCGUGUUCAGUUUGCUCUAGAGUAUUUCCUACAUCACGGUUGCUAAAUAUACAUGUCUCUGAAGCCCAUGAUUCCUUCUUCCAAGCCAAAGUUUCACGUGGUUUUCCAAUGUAUGAAUGCCUGGUCGACGGAUGUGGAGUGAAGUUGAAGAGCUACAAGAGCAGACAACAACAUCUGGUCGACAAACACAAAUUUCCUACUUCAUUUGAAUUUUACAAGAAAGCUCGUCCUUCCAAACACCAGCGUCAUAGAUAUCAGCGCAGGCAUGCUAGCCAUUCGAAGGAAGCAUCAAAGGAUACUGACAUGGAGAUCGAUACAACAAAGUCGAAACGAGCUUCCCAAAAGUAUCGACCCCGUAAGCUAACUAAUACCAAGCAGAGGGAAACAGAAAUGGAAGUCGAGGAGAGUGUGAAUGAUCUUAUUGCUGCUGUAUCAAAGCUGAGCACUUCUGACUCUUCCCCCUCAAGCAUAAGCUUUGGCCAUCGUCAUGCUCGUGGCUUUGCAUUUGUUCCACGGUCCAUACGACAGGCUAAUCGGAAACAAGUGUCUCAACCAGAAGCAAAGGAAUAACAUUAAGUUGCCAGAGUAUUGAUGGCUUGCCUGCUUUUCUUUCAAGUGCCACAAAUUAUUUCAUCUUAUAGAUGUGAAUCACGCUUGAGCAAUUACUAACGCGAGCAUCCUUCGCUUUAGUUACUGAAGACUUGUUAGCAUUAGAUUUCACGAUCAAACUUGUAAUUGCCACCAUAUAUCUUGAAUUCUACAAAUUGAAUCCGUAGGUGUUUUUGUUUGUUUGUUUAUUUCAAUCUAAAACCUUCUGUAUUGCUAGUCUACAAUUACAUCUAAAAAUUGAUCCUUUG